UAUUCUCACGCAAACAAAGACUUGUUCUAACUAGUAGAUAUCAUAUUUCUUACCACCCUAUAUGACCUUAGAAACUAGACGACUACGUCCCUCGAAAUCUUGUUCCUUGCUGUAUCUUGACUAUCCAGGUUUCAUACCAUGGCACACCUUGCUGAGACUCCAUUUGUCGAUUGGCCAGCAGUUCGAUACGCUGAAUUGAUUAAACUAGAUCGGCUUGCGCCCAGAGUCCAUCUUGUAAAGCUGGCCGAUGCCUCUGAAACUCGAAUGGUCGCUAAAUACGCCUCUGGCGAUUCAGCGAAGGGAAAUAUAGGGAAAGAGAUAAACAUAUUGGGAAGGCAGCAGCUUCACCCUUCUAUACUUCCUGUCGAGUGUAUCAUACUAGAUGAUAACAAUUGCGUUAUUGGGAUGGGAACUAAAUUCGUCCCUGGCGGGGAUCUUCUUCGUAACAAAGACCGAGUCUUUAAGUUAAAAUGGCUCCAGCAGCUUACGGAAACUCUGGAUUUUCUUCACUUCAAGCAAGGCAUUGUCCACGGCGACCUCCACUUGGGUAGCCUGCUGAUCGACGAAGCUGCCGACAGGCUUGUGCUAUGCGACUUCAGCAGGGCAAGGGAGGCUACGGAGAUGAACCUGAUGGAGGAGUUUUGGAGUGUUAUGUGGACUCUCUACGAGUUGGUCACACUUGACUUCGAAGCCGAGGAAGAACAAUUGCAGAAGUCAUACGCCAAGUAUGGGAUAUAUAGCUUGGAUACCGAAUCCAUAGAGAAAUUGCCGAGCUGGCCGGCAAGGACAAAGCUGGAUUGUGAUGCAGAGAUACUUCGAAGCUAUAUGCGGGAGUGGUUGAAGAGGCGCGUGGAAACUUUGCAAUUUGUUGAACCAAGAGAACCAGACCCGAUGACAAGCUUUUCGAGGCAUGGGGAACAUCAAUGCGAAGAGCCAACUCACGGAUGCCAAUGGGGGGCCAAGACGACACGGUUAAAUUAAUAAUGUCAUUGAUCGUUUGGGUAACAAAGGCUUUAUUUACUUGGGUUAAGUUGGGUACCUAGAUAGUUGACUCUUGUCAUUUGAUUAAAGAAUAGAAAUAGAAGAGAAGAGAGAGAAAGGGU